UUUAAAUUGGAUGCGAUCCGCAAACCAAUCCCAAAGAAGAAGAAAGCUUUUGUUUGCCCGCUGUUCGUAUCAAAAGCAUCACCUCCUAGGCCCGUGUCGUCGUUUUUCUAGUAUCAUCUACCGCCCAGUCAUCAUGUCGUCCAGAACAUUUUUCGUGGGAGGAAACUGGAAGAUGAACGGUGACAAGAAAAGCCUGGGCGACCUCAUAACGACCCUGAACACCGCAAGCCUCCACGAUGAAACCGAGGUGGUGUGUGGCGCUCCCACCGUCUACCUCGACUUUGCCCGCUCGAACCUGGAUGCCAGGAUCGGUGUGGCUGCACAGAACUGCUACAAAGUCGCCAAGGGGGCUUUCACUGGCGAGAUCAGCCCUGCGAUGAUAAAGGACUGUGGCGUGGAGUGGGUGAUUCUGGGCCACUCGGAGAGGCGUCAUGUGUUCGGGGAGAGCGACGAGCUGAUUGGUCAGAAGGUGGCCCACGCCCUGGAGAGUGACCUGGGGGUGAUCGCCUGCAUCGGAGAGAAGCUGGAGGAGAGGGAGGCUGGAACCACAGAGGAGGUGGUGUACGCCCAGACCCAGGCCAUCGCAGACAACGUGAAGGACUGGAGCAAAGUGGUGCUGGCUUACGAGCCGGUGUGGGCCAUCGGUACCGGCAAGACGGCCUCACCCGAGCAGGCCCAGGAGGUGCAUGAGAAACUGAGGGAGUGGGUCAGGGCCAACGUCUCUGAGGCCGUGGCCGACUCUGUCCGCAUCAUCUACGGAGGCUCAGUUACAGGGGCCAACUGCAAAGAGCUGGGCUCCCAAAACGACGUGGACGGCUUCCUGGUUGGCGGAGCCUCCCUCAAGCCAGAGUUUGUUGACAUCAUCAACGCGCGUGCCUAGAGCGCACAAGAGCAACCUAACCUGCUGCUAGUAGUGUCCUGUGACUGUCCCUCUUCCCAGAGUCUCUGUGUGACAAUGUCUUACCUGUGUUUUUGUGUCUGUCAACAAGGGACUAUUUGACUCACUUUGUACUACACUGUAGUUUAGGGGCCCGCCACAGUAAAAGUCUCCAUUGGUUGAUGCAGAUGGUAUUCUAUGUGUUGAGGAUGGGACUUUUUACAUUGGAACGGCCCUUUGGAUGCAAGUUCCUAACAACUGCUAUAUCAGUAUACAUUCUAAAAUGUAUUUUUCUGAUAUAUUAAUAAGCACUGCACUUGAUGUUCCACACUGGAUAUGUGUUCACUCACAACUGUAGAGGGACCAGUACUUAGUGUAUUGCUAGUGACUGUACAAGUUGCAUUAGUCACUAGAAGCACAGUCAUGCACGCACUUGGUUUAGUCCUGCCCUUUCUCUCCUAUUGGUUGAAGCACAUGUCAAUAACUUUUUCCAGCAAAAGACUGUCAAGACAAACCCACAAGGCUGAAGACUACUUGAAUAAAUGGUUUAGUCUGUGCUGUGAA